GAAUGGCCACAUUGGAAUUGCACCGUGGGCUGGAGCCUGGGUCUUGCGUGUGGGGUGGAGAGAGAGCUGACCUGCCUGACAAUUUUGACUCGGAGAUGCAGGAAUGGGAAGAUCAGCUACAGGAUAUGCAGAAGAAGAUUGAAGAGUUGUAUAACGAAGUGAAAGCCAGAAGGGAAGCCAGCGAGAGCAGCACAAACAACAAAAGUCUGGAUAUUACAUUGCUACCAGUCAACUCUCAGUAUAGCCAACAGACCAAUGGCUAUCAUGAACCUCAUGGUCACCCCAACAACAAUCACAUGAUUCGUCAAUGCAACGAAGUAAGAGCGGGUCCUUCAGCUAUGCAAAGCCUUGGGUUUCACCACUCCAGUGAUUACUGUAAUGGCUCCAAUAAUUACAUGCUUAAUUCCAUGAGCAACGACAGCCAUUAUCCUGCCAGUUGUCACAAUCACGCAAGGAAAGAUGCCACCCUAGAAAUCCUCAAUGGAUACCUCCAAAAGGGCCAGUAUUUUGGAAAGAGCCUAGGAAAUAAUGGUGCUCAAAAUGCAAACCCUAAGGUAUAUCCAGUUACAAAUAGUUAUCAAAAUAACAUGAAGACUUGCCACGUGACAAACAGGACUGCCUCUUGUGUAAUAUCGGAUGAGUUUGAGGAGGAUGAGAACAAGAAGAACAAGAAAUCAAGUUGGGAUGACUCCCAAACCCGCCAUGUUAGCUGGAAAGAGCCUGUUUCAUCAAAUGACCUCCCACCUAAAACUUCCAAAGUGUCAAUCAAACAGAGAGAUGCUUCACCUGUAAGCUCUCGUACCGCUUACCAAGAGUCACCACAACAACCUGACAGAAAGUGUCUCUUGCUUGACAAGAAAGCCGGAAGCCCAUCUGUGUUGCGCAAGUUUGGUGCCAUGUUGCAGGAGAAUGAAGGGAAAACUCUGAUAGAGGAUGGCCUUGUGACCAAAGUUGUCUCCAGUGAUCCUCCAAGGCACACAAACACUCCCAUUUGCCAGAGCAAGUUUGACCCCAAGCGGGUAUCCACACGUCCCGUGCAGAAAUGCCUCACAGACUGUGAUGUACUGGCAGCAAGAUUGGAGGCCAGCCAGGAGCAGCCUCGGGCAGCUGGUCCUUCGAGAAACCUCCUGAAUGGAGACAGAGACAGCGGGAGGGGUGGUUGUACUCUUGAACAGCAUGGCCUGUCCUAUAACUUAAGCCCAUCACAGUCUCACCUUAAGUCGGGUUAUCAGAAGGUACCUCCAGGGUCUAAAUCCCACAAAGCUGGCGUCCAUGGGGAGGAUCUAUUUUCUGACUACCAGAUGGUGGAGAGCAUUCUUAGAGCAGGAUCUCAAAACUUAAGUAAGGUACAUGCAGGGAUCGGUGUGGAUAGAAUGAGACAGGGAAGUGACAACUUGGAGCAACUUCUGGAAAUGAUGGAAUUGGAGAACAACAGAAGUCAGAGGGCCAAAUUCACCCCACAAAUGGACACAAAGCAGGUCCAACGUGAGUCAUCUCCUGUCCACAGCAGUAGCAAUUUUUCACGUCCUGCUCGACCAGCCAAUCAGCGCCGUCCAUCAAGAUGGGCAAAACACAACGCACCGAGCAAAAUCACUCACACAAGCCCUGGCCUGAAAGCCAAACGGUUCUUGAAUUCAUAUUCGCAGCACACAGAAACCAUCAUCAUGUGACCGACCAGGAUAGAACGCACUUGAAUGGACACUUCAAAGGACACUUAACGGAAGAGACAAACCUUUGACACUUGUAGAACACAAUCUACUUUUUUUAUAUAUAAAACCAUCACCACAAUGUGAUUUCAAAAGAAUCUUAUUACAGCCCACAAGGAUGGCCCGUGGCAUUUUUCUUAAAUAACUUCAAAAGGACGAUGUUUUCAUUCUACUCUGCGCUGUUUGAAGUGCUUUGGAAAGAAACUCCAGUGGAUAUUCUCUGACCUGGUGAACUUCUGUGCCUAUGAACCCUUCAUUGCCUUUUCAUUUCGUUCUGCCAUUUCUCAUUCGAUUUUGUAUUCUUUUGUUCUUAUUUUCUAUUCUUCCUGAGUGCUUUGUGUACAGUGCAUUUCUUGCAGUGUCAUGUAGGGCAUUUUUGUAACCAUAUACAAUACGCAUGUAUGCUACGCGCAUAACAUGUAUUUAAACAUACAUGGCAACGACUUAUUGAGCCUUAUCUAUUAUGCAUUAUCUGUACAGGAGUGUGCAAAUGUUUUGAUGUUCUGUCAUGAUGUCCAUUUCAGUCCUGCAUUAGUGCUUCAUAAUAUUGACAACUCAUAAUGGCUCAUAAGAUUUUCAUAAGCCUUAUUUGACUGCGCCUGAUGUGGGAUGUAACUAUGUGGUGCAUGGCACCUUUUUUUGUGGGAACAUGUCUGUAUUCUCCAGCCUUGUAAAAAACAAACGCCAAAUGAAGUGAAUUAACCUUUAAGUUCAACAUCUGUGACAAGUAAACCAUUUCUUUUGACCAUAUUAUAACGACGAAAUGCUUUUGGAAUGUUAAUUUAAUGUUGUGAUAUGAUCCUUACAACAACAAAACAAGUGAUGCUUUGUGUUUUCUCUUUCUCUGGAUAAUAAACACAAGUGCUUUGACAA